CUUUUUUGAACUGCAAAAAUUCAAAGACACUAAACAUCAUUGCUUGUUAUGAAUCGAAAGAACAGGAUAUCAUUUGGUGCGCAAAAAGCUUGUUGCUGCUUCACCUGUCCGACGCUUGAUCAAAAUUUGUUUCCUUAAUUUCAUCGGCGCUUUAUGCAGGUCUUCAAGCAUGUUACACGUGACUAAUAUAAAAAUUUGAUACUUAUUGCAAUGUCUCCUCCAACAAAGGAUGAAGAACGUUUUUUCGAAUCGGAACAAGAAAUAUUGCGUUGCGAACAGAUAUGCAAGGAAGAUAUAAAAGUGAUCUGAAGCAUGUCACAGUUUGAUCAGACAAUAUUAUGUUUCUACUCUUAUUCUCAUUGAUGCCUAUAAUGAACGGAUGUAUUCCCACUCAGGAAGUUGAACCAAUUACCACUACAACUACAACGACUACCGAAGAUCCAACCACAACAACAGUCCCUUAUCCGUGCUCUGCUUGCACACCAAUCUACAAUACUGGUUGCAUGGGAUAUGGUGUCCCCAGUCCGACAAAUUGGUGUGCUAUUGGAGAAGAUAUUCCAGUGACUUAUACAAUUGGAAUAAAUGAUUACGGGUCUACUGCUUGCCAAACAACGCUCCAAUGUCCUUCCGGAACUAUUGCAUAUUUCGAUCAAUCAGGUACUGAAGUUGAAGGGAAUGAUGGAGGAACUGAUUCUUACUCAAUAUCGUGCGAAGAAGAGGGCAAUUAUGUUGGAAUGUGGAUGACUCAAAUUGAAGCAUUUCCUCAGCCGAUAAAUCUAGUUACUUGUAGGAAUGCUUGAUUAUUAACGUAUUUAAAUAAUAAAAAUAUUUUUUGAAACUGAAGUACAUAUAUCAAGUAUGUAAUCAGGAAUAAACGAGCAGUUUGUU